AGACAGCAGCAAUGGGAGACCGUACAGGGACCCAUGAGACACUGUGGACCUGGCAGCAGCAUGAGGAGGCGGUACAGGGGCCCAUGGCAGACUGUGGACCUGGCAGCAGCAUGAGAGGCGGUACAGGGGCCCAUGGCAGAUUAGGGGCCUGGCAGCAGCAAUGGGAGGCCCGUAAUCUGCCAGCACCCUAUGACAAAAAAUGGAACACACCAGCAGUGUGUGAGGAGACCUGAAAGUGGCACAUGGCAGAGUGUGGAGAUGGAGACCGCAGCAAUGGGAGGCCGUACAGGGACCCAUGAGAGACUCUGGACCUGGCAGCAGCAUGA